AUGCCUUAUCGAACACGGCCAGGGACACUGUCACAACUCACGAAUAUCUUGAAACAAAGCACAAUAAGAACGGAAAUCUACAGAAGCUUUCAAGACUACACAAAUAGCUUCUUGAGAAUCCAAUUUUACCAAAACCGAGUUGAAAUCCAAAUCACAGGCUACGAAGAUGCUAGCAUGGAUCUUGAAGCUGAGGUGAAGAAGGAGCUUGGUCGUGCAAAGUGUAGGGUGGUCGGCGAGAAUGGUCGGUGUGGUUAUGCAGGUCGGAGGAUAGAUAAAAGGUUUAGCUACAAGGUCCCGGACCGUAAUAUGUUUGCAACAGGUUAUUUAGGUGGUCUCGGGCGAGUUAAGGUCGUGUAG